UUAUGACUUGCUCUUGCUUGAUUGACAGUCCCAUCAGCUGUUUCUAUUUAUUUCCAUUCAUUGAAUCGCAAAAUAUUUAUUUGUUAUUUGCAAUGGUAUAAUCCGCUAAGUAAAGCAUCAAUAUGAGAAAACUACUACCUGUAUUCUGCAGAAAAUUGUCCCAUGUUUGCAGUUUAAAACCUUACAAGGAGACUAAAUGGCUCAUGCCGAAUGGGAACCCUACAGGUAUUUAUAUUUACAACUGUGUAGCCGAUCAGCGCGUGCCUGUUAUUCUUAGUGACCCUCACGUUGCUACAUGGUACUCCUGUGGCCCUACAGUAUACGAUUCGGCGCAUAUAGGACACGCAAGUUGUUAUGUAAAAUUAGACAUCGUGCAACGAAUAUUGAAAUCUUUCUUCAAUAUAAAGCUUGUGACCGCUAUGGGCGUCACGGACAUUGAUGAUAAGAUAAUAAAAAAGGGUAACGACACGAAUACAGACUUUAGAGUGAUAGCAAAACAAUAUGAGCACGAAUUCUGGAAAGAUAUGACAAGUUUAAAUGUGGAAAAACCUAUGAUAAUCACCAGGGUAUCAGAACAUAUGACCUGUAUAGAACAUUUUGUGCAGAAAAUUAUACACUCUGAGAUGGCAUAUGUAGCAGGUGAUGGAUCUGUAUACUUUGAUACUAGUAAGUUUCCUGCUUAUGGAAAAUUACAGAAAAUGCAAGAUUCUGGUGAACCAACUAGUAGUAAUAAGCGUAACAAAAUGGAUUUUGCUCUAUGGAAAGGUCAAAAACCUGGGGAGCCCAGUUGGGAUGUUACUUGGGGAAAAGGAAGACCUGGGUGGCAUAUAGAAUGCUCUGCAAUGGUCAGUAAGGUGUUUGGCUCUCAGCUAGAUUUCCAUGCAGGAGGUAUUGAUCUACAGUUCCCUCAUCAUGAGAAUGAGGAGGCCCAAUCUUGUGCUUUCCACAAAACUAGGCAAUGGGCAAACUACUGGAUACACGUGGGCCAUUUACAUGUGUCUGGAGAUGUGAAAAUGUCAAAGUCACUGAAAAAUACAAUAUCUAUCACAGAUUUGCUAAACUCUUACAGUUCAGAUACUUUCCGGAUGGCUUGUCUCAUGUCCAACUACAGAUACCCAAUGGAAUAUAAUGAUCAGGUCAUGAAAACAGCCGAGAAUGUCUUCAAUAAAUUCAAAUUCUUUUUGAAAGAUGCUGAAGUAUAUGUAAACAAUACUUCUUUUGAAAGUGGUGACUAUAAGUACAAAUUACUAAAAGAUUUACAGAAAGUAGAAGAAAAUAAUAUAGAGGUGUUAAAAGCAGACUUUGAUACUGCUGCUUGCAUUAGUAACCUUCAAGAUUUAAUCCAGAAUACUAAUCAAAUUAUGAAACUGGAUACAAAUGGAUAUUAUCCAGUACCAGUGCUGUUAAUUGCAGAUUACAUCACUAGUGUUCUUAAAAAGUUUGGUCUAAGUUUGAAGCAAUCUUCACAAGAUAGUGUAUCGAAUUCCUUGAUUGACACAUUGGUUGAAUUCCGCCAAGCAGUCCGGCAAAAUGCAUUGAGUAGAAAGGACAAGGAACUAUUGAGUGCAUGUGAUGUGGUGAGAGAUACAAUGAAGUCAAGUAAAGUUCAAAUCAAUGACAGUAAUAAAGGUCCAUCUUGGGUUUUCAUUAAGUGAAAUAUUAUGAUAUUAUUGUUGUACUGUUCUGUAUUAUUGGUGUAAAUGAAACACUGUACAGUUUUAAUAUAUGUUUAUAAAGAACAUUUUAUAUAUGUACUAGCGGCCAUCCCGGCCUCGCCUUUAUAAAAACAAUAAAUAAAAACCUUCCUCACUAA